GGUGGAGUCGGUGCACAGAGGUAGGAGCUGAGGGAGGAACAUAUUGCUGCUUGUAGGACAGCCCCCAAGAAAAUGGAAUUUCAUGGACAGAACUGUGCAGAUUUUGGUGCAAACUCAAUAACUGGAAGGGGAAAAAAUGGGGAACACAUGGAGCCCUGGCAUCUGGUUAGCAGACCCAGCAUUUCAACCACUUCUGCCAUCAUCAUCCCAGAUCAAAGAACCAGUUGAUGUUGCCACCUUCCAGCACAACCCCUGCUAGCCAGGGUGAGUGACCCAGGGUGAAGAGCUGGAAGAGACAGAGGAGCUAGAGGAGUUAGAGGAACUAGAGGAGGACGACGACGACGAGAUGGGGAGUGGAGCGAGCGCUGAAGAUAAAGAACUGGCCAAAAGGUCCAAGGAGUUGGAGAAGAAACUCCAGGAAGAUGCAGACAAGGAGGCGAAGACGGUCAAACUGCUGCUGUUAGGUGCCGGGGAGUCAGGCAAGAGCACAAUCGUCAAACAGAUGAAGAUUAUCCACCAAGAUGGUUACACGCAAGAAGAGUGCCUGGAAUUCAAGUCCAUCAUCUACGGCAACGUGCUGCAGUCAAUCCUGGCCAUCAUCCGAGCGAUGUCCACGCUGGGGAUAGAUUACGUCGAACCAGGACGAGGGGAUGAUGGGCGGCAGCUGUGCAACUUGGCAGAUUCCAUCGAGGAGGGCACCAUGCCCCCAGAACUAGUGGACUGUAUAAAAAAGCUGUGGAAAGAUGCGGGAGUCCAGGCCUGUUUUGACAGAGCAGCUGAGUACCAGCUCAACGACUCCGCUUCCUACUACCUGAACCAGCUGGAUCGGAUCACAGCCCCCGAUUACCUCCCCAACGAACAGGAUGUACUACGAUCUCGAGUGAAGACCACGGGGAUCAUAGAGACCAAGUUCGCUGUCAAAGAUCUUAACUUCAGGAUGUUUGACGUGGGAGGACAGCGGUCAGAGCGCAAAAAGUGGAUCCACUGCUUCGAAGGCGUGACCUGCAUUAUCUUCUGUGGAGCCCUCAGCGCCUAUGACAUGGUGCUAGUAGAGGAUGAUGAAGUGAACCGCAUGCAUGAGUCCCUGCAUCUGUUCAACAGUAUAUGCAACCACAAGUUCUUUGCUGCCACCUCCAUUAUUCUGUUCCUCAACAAGAAGGACCUCUUUGAGGAAAAGAUCAAGAAAGUCCACCUCAGCAUUUGCUUCCCAGAUUACGAUGGUCCCAAUACAUUUGAAGAUGCAGGAAAUUACAUCAAGAAUCAGUUCCUUGAUCUCAACAUGCGAAAAGAUGUGAAAGAAAUCUACAGUCAUAUGACCUGUGCCACAGACACACAGAACGUUAAAUUUGUGUUCGACGCAGUCACGGAUGUCAUCAUCAAAGAGAAUCUCAAGGACUGUGGUCUCUUCUAGAACUCCAACUUUUGCAGAAAAGAAAAUGACUUCCACUUAGCAUCACUGUUCUGCAGAGCAGAGCCAGAGGACUAAGCAAAAAUUACUCCGAGUCCACACUAACACCUGCCCAGCACACGGCUGCAUACCUCCAAGAACAAACCAUCCAGCGAGGCUAAACUGACUGCAGCCCAGCUGUCUUCCAGGGUAAUUUCCUCAUUUUUAAUAAAAUAGUUUCUCUGCAGUCUGUGUGCGCUUUAAAACUGCUGCUUACAAGAGAUCCAAUGUGAUCUGAACCCAAAGAGCAAGUAGUCAUCAGGACACCAAAUGGAUAACUAAUACUGAAGUUUCACAUCUCUGCACGUAAAAAAUGUAUUACAAACCUACAUGGAAAAGGUGAAAGCAAUGUUUUGUGGAAUCCUAGAGAAAACCACCCCUCAACUAUAUUUUGUGGAAAUAAAAAAAAAAA